UCCCCCCCUCAUGUAAAUAUAUAGCCUCCAUACUUUGUUCAGAAAACAGCCUCCUCUGUUAGGAACGUGGACGAAAUGCAGCCAACCGGCCUGAGGCCCUUCUGUAGGAGACGUCACCUUACGAAGCAAGCAGGUCCAGGCAUGAAAAAUCUCCAAGAGAAGCUAGAGAAGCAGUGUUUUCUUCCCUUGAGCUGCGAGGCAAAGGCCAGAGAGGGUGACAUUUCAAGGGACUCUCCCUUGUUUGGAGCCUUUAUGACAAGAUAGCUUUGUGAAAGAUGUGUUUUAAUCCAGCUUCUGUGUGCUGUUUGGAUGGUUUUUGUGGUCCCAGCUGGUCUUGGAGUCUAUGAAUCUAACCUCAUGCUUCGGGGCUUCAGCCUGUCACCUGCAAGGGCCAAGAAGGGACUUUUUCCCCCACCCAAUGUGUGUUUCCAAUCUCCCCUACCCACCAAGUAGUGUUAUUGUGCAUUUGAUCGCUGCAGUGACAGUAGUCAGGUGCUCGGGAAUCCCCGUCACGUCUGGCCAUGGAAAGCAAGGAGUGACAGUGCGGGCCAAGGCCAAGUCUCAUUCUUCUCAUGUCGGACUGCAGUUCCCAGUCGGGUGGGUGCACCGGCUGCUGCGCAAGGGGAACUAUGAGGAGCGAGUGGGAGCUGGAGCCCCGGUGUACCUGGCCGCUGUGAUGGAGUAUCUGACCGCUGAGAUCUUGCAGCUGGCUGGCAACGCUGCCUGGGAUAACAAGAAAACCCGCAUCAUCCCUCGGCACUUGCAGUUGGUCGUGCGGAACGACGAGGAGCUGAACAAGUUGCUGGGGGGAGUCACCAUUGCACAGGGUGAGGUCCUGCCCAACAGCCAGGCAGUGCUGCUGCCCAAGAAAACCAAGAGCCACAAAGCCAAGGGCAAGUGAGAGCGGAUGCCAACCCCCCAAAACCACCACCUUCCUCUGAAAGAUCAACAACUGGCCACAGCAGGAGACGGGACAGUGCUCUGAGCUUGUCCAGAGAAUCCUCUCUCUGGAUGUCUGGCUGCUGCGUCUUGCUCACAUGUGGGUCCGAUUAAUCAACAGAUUU